AUUGCCAUUUGCAAAACCCUUCUUCCUCAUAUAUGAAGCAAAAACAAUCGAAAUCAGAAAUGACGAAACUUACCUCCAUUUCUGUUGCUACUCAACCCAGGAAGCUUUAAGCUCAUCAUCCAGAUUUCUUCAACUUUAUGCAUGCUGCUUAGGAAUAAUGAGUGCAAAUUGAAUUUGCUCUCGGCCUUAAUUGGUCAGCUUUUGAAACGCCACUCUUUUAACAGAAGAACCGCUUCAUUUCAUCAUGCAUCUACAUUGCUAAGAACUGAAAACCCACUUGCUGGUAGUGAUGUUUUAGUUAAUCAUCAACCUGAACUCGAAAAUGAAAAUGAAAUUCAUCCCUUUCUUCAAUCAAGUGUGUUACAGCAUUGGUUCAAAAAUUGGCAGGAAAAGAGGCGGCAUAAGCUGACAGCUAGUACAUUUGCUGGUGCUAUAGGUUUCUUUCCUCAAAGGAGGGUUCAUUUAUGGAAGGAGAAAGUCGGUUUAAUCAAGCCGUUUAGUGGUAACUUGGCUACUUGUUGGAGCAACAUAAAAGAAGAAGAAGCUCUUGGAAGAUAUAAGUGUCUAACUGAUAACCAUCUGAUAUUUCCUGAAUUUCAGGUAUAUGGGAAGGAAAAACCCAAUGAUGAUUGGAUCGCAGCAUCGCCUGAUGGAGUUGUAUAUGGCUUGCCAUCUAGAGGUGUUCUUGAGAUAAAAUGUCCAUUCUUUAAUGGUGAUAUGAGUCAGGCUUCUCCAUGGAAGAGACUUCCCUUAUAUUGUAUUCCACAAGCCCAAGGCUUGAUGGAGAUCAUGGAUUGUGAUUGGAUGGAUUUUUAUGUUUGGACUAUUCACGGAAGCAGUCUGUUUAGGAUACACAGGGAUGAACAGUAUUGGGAAAUGUUGAAAGUGGCAUUGUCUGAUUUCUGGUGGAAUCACGUACAGCCAGCUAGUGAGUUUUACAAAAGAAAUGAGAUUAGCAAUGGAUUGAUUGAAUUAGAAAUGUGGAAACCGCAGCCUCGGCAUGAGUCUUGGAGUACCAUUGUCAAAGAAAGCAGACGCGUAGUUAAUGAUUCUGAACUAUUGAUUCGCGAGAUCAAUGGGAAAUUGCAAUAUUAUUAGUUCUACAGUGUCUGCUUGAAUUUUGGAAUUGAAAGAUGAAAGUUAUGUUAUCCACUUUUAAAUUGGAUAAACUAAAGUCAGUCAGCUGGUAAAGCAAUAAUUUUGACCAAAGCCAUUGCACAAUAAGACAGGAAGAUGAGGAUCUCAGAUAAGUGAAACUGAAAAAGAGGACAUUCUCUUCCUUUUGCUGAAAACCAACUUUGCCAAAGAUUCAAAGCUUGAGAAGUGAGCAGAAAGGAAGGAAAGCACAAUGGGUGGGUCAAUUUCAUUUGACCCGCAGCCUCGAUACAGUUUUGUGGUUAAGCUGAUGUAGGAAUUUUCAAGUGCAAGAAGGAAUUUUAGUAUAGAAAUAGGAAAUUUGAAGAGGAUAACAAUCCCUUCACUUCACUUGAGAAUCAUGUUACUGACAUAGCUAGAUUUUAUUUUUAGUUUUAGUUUUCUGAAGUUAGGACUAACUCAUAGUCAAUGACCCUGGUAUUCGGAUAUUCUUAGUGGGAAUCGAGUAUUCGAAUAUGCAAGACUCUUAUACCUUAAGCCUUGAGCGAUUAUAGUUCUUUUUCUAUCUUUUUUUUCAUUUACAUGUAAAUGAUUUUGGUUGAUUCUU